AUGGAGACCAUUGACGUCCAAAGUCGAUCAUUUGUGAUUCGAUGGCUAGGUGGGAUUCAAGGGGAUGAAAUUGAAUAUCAGGUUAAACCGUUGAAGAAAUCUGUCAAGUUGGAUAUUUACAAAAAACCAAGAUCGAGCCUCUAUGGUAAUUCUCCCAGUGCUGUCCACAUCGCUCCUGAUACAAAGGCAUUAUUGGACUAUACCACUAAAUCACUCAACAGCAGAAGCAGUCUGGCAGUUCCGGAUACAAAAUCAGGCGGAGAAUCGGUGUCUAGUCCUCAAGAUCCCAAAAGAUCUCUAACUCUGAGUAACAUCCAACAACAAUCACAAGAGAUUCCUUUGCAGGAAAGGCUAAAUACCACUGGAUUUAAACUUGUUAAAAGCGUUGGUAUAGUAGCAGGAAAUAAAAGAGAAUCUGGACUGUUAAAUGUUAAGGACAACGAUUACUACUACGCAUUUGUGCUUGACAAUACUUAUUCUAAAAAUGCAAAGAAAAAAGUUCUGUUCAGUGCAGCCGUAGUCAAUCAAGAAGAAACAAAAUCCGCAAGAAGUGUGCGCUUCCCCCAAUCACCUGCCUUACCGCCACAGGCAUCAUUUGUCAAUUUACAAAAAGAUGAUGUAUUAAGAGUGGAACAAGGAAGAUAUUUGCAAGGGUAUCUUUUCAAAAAAAGAAGAAAAAGGCAUCAGGGGUUUAAGAAGAGGUUUUUCUCAUUAGACUAUAAGUAUGGUACACUUUUCUAUCACUUGAACGAAAAGAAUCAAACGUGUCGUGGUGAAAUUGUAAUUGGUAUUUCCACUGUGAGCGCAAAUAAAAAGGAUAGAUUAAUAAUUAUUGACUCAGGUAUGGAACUGUGGGUUUUAAAAGCAAUAGAUAAUUCCACAUGGAAAAUUUGGGUCGACGCUCUACAAUCUUGCCUUUCUCAAAGGGCAUUAAAAAAAGAAGACCAAACACCAAAGGGAAAACCUGAGGAACCUAAACGCUCUGAAGGAUUGCAGCUUUUCAAUUCCACUAGACCCUCCAGACUAAAUUUUGAUGAGGAUCUGAGCUACAACCCAUUACCAGAUGAAAGUUACGAAGAAUUCGCACUACAGCUAAAGCUUUUACAAGAACGUGUAGAACAAUGUAAAGAGGAAUCGUUGUUGUACGCAUCCCAGCAAAAUAAUUCUAAGGGACAUCCGCUCUCACGCACUUCUACCGCUUCAUCGUUCGAGGAGAAAAACAAAGAACCUGCAUUUUCUUCAACUAGUGAUUCUGGUGAAUCGUUGGGAUCUCUCCUGAACCCAUCCAGUCGACCAGGACAUCAAUUGUACCAAAAGUUAUGUGAUUUGGAAUUGAUAGUUUCGAGAUUUGUACAACAAGGCCAUGUUCUUUUCAAGGACCACCAACAGUUGUCAAGGCAAAUGAGAGACCACAAGGCUACCACGCUAUCAUUAUUUAGUAAUGACGAAUAUUUUGAUGCUACAGAGAAUAUGGAACGCGGUGUGAUUAUGUUGGAUGUCGACGACACAGAGGCGAAUACCAAUGAAACAUUGUCUUCAACAAUGGAUUCUGAGCAUAAACUGUCAGUUGUUGCUCAACGUGAGAAGAGCCCAUUAAGUGAGUCACCUGCCAUAAGGAGUUCUUUAAGAGAGCCACCUCAUACUUAUAGAAGCCCUCUACAAAGUAGACCCUCGACUCAUAGAGGUCCCUCACCGGAACAAAUUCCCAUUUUUACCACCACUGAAGCGGAGGAUGAACAUCAAUAUCAACAAGGUAUGAAAAAGGAUUUAUAUCCAUUGCCCUGGAAAGGUCAAAUUAAGCGUCGCAACGACGUUCGCCCCCAGGACACUACACCACCGAGUAUAUUGUCGUUCAUGAGGAAAAACGUCGGUAAGGAUUUGAGUUCUAUUGCCAUGCCAGUGACCGUCAAUGAACCAGUGACCAUUUUACAAACCGUUGCUGAAAUGUUCGAAUAUGCAGAUUUGCUCACUGAGGCUGCCUGUCAUCCUGAAGAAAAUUCAAAGUGUCUGCAAUACGUAUCUGCCUUUGCCGUUUCUUGUCUUUCUAUUUACAGGGAUAAGACUAGAGUGCUAAGAAAACCAUUUACACCAUUAUUGGCAGAAACUUUCGAAUUGGUAAGAGAGGACUUAGGAUAUAGACUAAUUGCGGAAAAAGUAUCACACAAGCCGUUGGUGUUGGCCUUCCAUGCAGAACAUGAAUUAUGGGAAUGCUGCUAUACCGUUUCGCCAGUUCAAAAAUUUUGGGGUAAAUCUAUGGAAUUAAACAAUGAAGGAACUAUUCACUUAAAAUUUAAACCAAGUGGUCUGACCUUCGAAUGGGCCCAACCUACUACAAUGCUCAAAAAUUUGAUCGCUGGUGAACGUUACGUGGAGCCCAUUAACGAAUUGGAGAUUCAAUCCUCUAACGGUGGAAAAGCGACCGUCGCUUUUAAGAAUACCGGCAUGUUUGGCGGCAGAUCUGAAGAUUUGACCAUUAACAUACUAUCAUCCAAACGGGAAAAGAGCCAAGUUACCGGAAAAUGGACGGAUUCUCUAAGGGAAAAUGAGACACAAAGGACAAUUUGGAAAGUUGGUGACUUGGUACCAGAUUCCAGGAAAAAGUAUGGGUUUACAGUUUUUACCUCAAAUUUAAACGAAAUUACAGAGUUAGAACACGGCCAACUACCUCCAACAGAUUCUCGUCUAAGACCUGAUUUAAGGGCUUAUGAAGAGGGUAGAACUGAUCAAGCUGAAAAGUUAAAAUUAAAAUUGGAAAAGGAUCAGCGUGAGAGACGUACACGCGGUGAAGACGUUAAACCCCAGUUUUUCAAGAAAACUGCUAAAAAUGAAUGGCAAAUUAUUGAUGGGCUACAGAACUACUGGGAAAAAAGAAAACGUCAAGAUUGGACCAGUAUCACGCCUUUAUGGUGA